AUGUGGAACAAUAUAAUCAUCACAUAUCAGCGUCACUUUGCUACAGAGUUACCAUUUAUCCAUGUUCCCACGCUCAAGAGAAGCGUUUACGACUUUACACUUGGAGAAUCCUCCGUCACGUCGGAUACUCACCUCGUCUUGCUCGGAUUGUUGGCGCUAACUGGCCGAUACCAUUCCGAACUUUCUCAAAAUAUCGAUACAUCAUCGGGAGAUGCCAUUUCGGCCACAGCCAGUGACAAUGAUACCCAAUCGUCGGAGCAGAAGGGAAUAGAAGUGUCGAGAUAUUUCGCACAUGCUUUGGAAGCGAACUUGGGCCCUUUCGCUGUCGCCGUAUCUUCAGGCUCGGUGGAACGUGUCCAAGCGCUCUUAAUGCUGGGGCUGUACGAAUGGAUAUCACCAGAUCAUGAGGGUUUGAAGGCUUGGAUGCUUUUUGGGGCCGCUGGCCGCAUGGCGCAAGCACUGAGGCUGGGAUACGAAUGCAACAACUCUAGACUCAACGAGUCAACUACACUUCUGGCUGAGCAGGGUAUUAUCGAUCAGGAGGUACGACGCCGGACCAUGUUUUGUUGCUUCGUCUUUGAUCGAUUAAUCUCCUGCGGAAAGGAGAGAGUGGCUCUUUUCCGAUCCGAGGAUUUGCAUAUCCGGUUGCCAUGCUCAAAGGAGGACUUCGAGCUGAGUCGGCUGGUCAACAUGGGAACACUGUCCAGCGAUUAUUCGAGCUCCGGACUAGGAGGUGCGCCAGCAUCAAAUGCUCUCAGUCGCUUCAUUCAGCUGGUCGAUCUAUGGGGAAGGAUAUCUCAGUACAGUAAUGCUGGCGGUCGCUUUACAGAAACCGGAUUGCCUCCAUGGAACUCUGCCUCGCAAUUCUACCAACUACGCCGUCAACUUGGCCACUUCACCAAGUCUCUUCAAGAGGACGAUAAUUUCUUGAGCUGGAGUCCCUCCAAUUUCUUUCGACACCAAAGCUUUCCAGGGACAUAUGUCCUACUACACAUGCUGCUAUCUCUUUGCAAGUUCAUGCUGCAUCGAGAGUAUAUCCCAUUUAUUGCGCUUCGAUGCAAGGAGCCAAGUGGACCGCUGGACGAACCAACAUUUCAGCCCGACAUGGUGCCUGAAGGUUUCUGGCAUGAGAGUGCGAAGGAACUGUUCGAUGCUAGUAGGGUUGUGAUUGACUUGAUUGAGUUGUGUGGUGACGAAAUGCCUCACUCGCCUUUGGCUGCUUUUGUUAUCUACACCACGGGAUUCAAUGGCAUGUAUGCUCGUUACUUUCCUCAAAUGGAUGUAGAAUGCAAAAUGGCGACGCAGGGAGAAGCAAUUGGCCCUGAAACAGAGCUUAUUGCGAACAGCUCAUCAGUCGGCACAACCAAGAUUGCCUUUGACGCGUUGAAGGGUCUGGCUAAAUACUCAGGAGUUGCAGCAGCCUUUGUCGCAAGGUUCAAAGAGGUGGAUCAAUACUUCGUUGCCAUAAUCAAGGAUUACUACAGGAAUCGACAGCAUCAAUCCUCAGUUGCACCCAGUCACACAUCCCAAAGGAUCGGGAUUCGGAUGGGCGGAGAAACUGGCGGGUUGGAAGAAUGGAUGGAGAGGUCUGAUGAAAUUACGAGCAACAGCUCCAUUAUUAAACACAGUCUCACGAAAUCUCCUAGACAUUAUGCCACAAGGCUCGGGGCCAAGGUGCAAAACAUUCCCGGACCGGACUUGGGUACCAGUUCUCCCGCUAACGCGGUAAACAUUGCUCCCGCCCAGUCCUCAGCGGCUGACCAGCCUCUUCCGAGCCUCCAAGUAGAUCAGCUCUCUCACGCUGGUCGUCCGCCACAUCAAUCCGGCCCUGGAGGUGUUCUUGCUACCGUUGAUCCAGCACCACAUUUCUUGGGCCAUCCACACCCAGCUGGUGCCUCCGUACAAGGGGAUUGUACGAGCCCAGCAUUUACAGAGACUGGUUUGGAUUGGAGUUGGACGUAUCUCCACGACAUGUUUAUGGGAAGUAUACAGAUGGACCCGAUGAGUCCCUGCGGGUGA